AGGGCGCGAUGGAAACCUACGCUUUAUCAGAGAUUAUUAAAAUCAAAAUAGUGAUGGCUCUCCACAGAACCAAAAGAAAUAACGUGAAAUAGAGAAAGCGACGAAGAUGAGAUAUUUGGCGGCGUUCUUUGAAUGGGUCCUGCUGAUUUCGGCGGUUUCCUCAGCAUCGCUUGUUUCCAAUGCGAACGACUCUUUGGUGCUUUUGACAAAGACUCUAGAUGCAAUUGAAUUUGCGCUGAAUUUUUUUCACCAGGAACAUCAAAACCUGAAUCUUGACGCCGUUAUUGGAACCCGGAUGAUAGAAGGCCAAUUUAAAGUUCUGCUGCAACACCUGAAAUCCCAUCCAUCAAAAGGGACGGGGAUUUCUGCUCCAACGAUAUCGAGGAUUGAGAGACUGCAGAAGGUGGCGGGUCUGGUCAGCGAUGAGGCGUUACCAUAUAUAGCAACGUUCACCCCACAGUACUAUGAAGAAAUAGGUCCACUGAUACAAGGCGGAUUUUGGGAAAUGGAUUACCCCAGUCGUGAUAUGGGUCCGGAAGUUAAAGUAUGGCGGUACAAGGAGGGAGAAUCGUUACGGGAGCAGAAAUCGGACGACUGUCUGGCGGAGUUCUUUGGAACAGGGAAGAAAUCAAAGGAGCAAUGCAAAAUAUCAGACGAAUGCUGGGACUUUAUGACGUCACCUGGAUACAGCGCUUACUCGCUCUCGCACCAAGUAUUUUACCUUGAAAUCGGCACCCAGUUUGGAUGCUACGCACAAAUGUUGAUGAAAAAUCUUCUCAAGCGCCAAAAGUCAAUCAAAGAGUUGCAGGAACAGAUUUGUAAAAAUAUGUUGAAUGAAGCUGUUAUCAUAGCGAAAAACGGGUUUCCACAACGAAAGCAAGACCUUUUUAUGGAGCAAGCGGCCUUGUGUGGUAUCCUUGGAUACCGCGAGUUCUUCACCUCUGAUUGGUUGGAACCUAUCCUCAGUUGGCAGGAUGAAGUUUUUGGGUGCUACAGGGGUGAACUAGUCUUCGAGUCCGAAGUCAAGCUUCGAGAUGGAGUGAAAAGUCGCAGGAAGCGUGAGGAACGUCCCCUGAGCCACGGCUGUCUUUGCCACAGGACGACGGUCGCCUUGGCAGCGCUGGGUCAGUACGUCCGCUUCAUCAUAGAAUACCUCCAGCUGAUGGCGGCCACGCCCAUAUGAUGUCAUCAAUGCCGUCUGAGACAAGCCAGAACCGUCAGUUCUACGACUUCAGAUGCUCAAAUUUUCAGUUAUUAUAUCCAUACUAUUUUUCGAAUAAAACAAAGCUCUUUGAAA